AUGGACUCGGAUGAAUUCAUAGGGGACGUCUCCGCGCUGUACAACGACACCGUCGACCUGCAAGAUGACGGCGAGAUCCACUACGGCCCGCUGGUCCUCACAGUCGCGCCCAAGGCAGGGAAGGCGAACACGCUAUUAGCGGACCACCUCUUCUCGCCCUCGCUCCUCCUCGCAGAGCGCAUCGAGCGCGGGCUCAUCCCGCUCGAAGCGCAGACCGUCGUCGAGCUGGGCGCAGGGUGCGCGCUGCCAUCGCUCCUCGCGUCCACCCUCUCCCGCCCGCCCUCCCUCGUCGUGCCCACAGACUACCCCGACGCUCCGAUCCUCGCGAACCUCACGCGGAACCUCGAGCGGAACGCGUCCCGCGUCUCUCGCGGGACCCCCGCCCACUCCUAUCCCUCCUGCCCGACGCGCGCGGGCUUCGACGUCGUCAUCCUCUCCGACCUCCUCCACUUCGACGCCGCGCACGCCGCGCUCCUCGCCUCGCUCGCCGCGCUCCUCCGCCGCGCGCCCUCCGCGCGCGCCUACGUCGCCGCGGGCAAGUACACGCUGCCCGUGCACUGCGCGCACUUUGUGCGGAUCGCCGCGGAGGCGGGGAUCGCCCUGGAGGAGGGCACGGACGCGGGCGAGGACGAGGGCGGGGUCGUGUGGCGUGGGACGAUGGAGGUGCGCGGGGGCGGGCUGGACCGGGAGCAGUUGGGGGUGAGGAAGGGGAUGUGUCGCUGGUGGACGGGGCGGUGGGCGGAUCUGAGCGGUGAGCGAGGGGAAGACGGUGGCGCCUAG